UCGCGUGAUAGCGGGGGUGCGGAAAAUUCAAAAUUCGCCGGUUUCUGGUCCCAAUUUGUGAUGUUUUUGUGAGUUUUCGUUUGAUAAAAUUGGUACUUACUUUUGGAUAGCUUAAAAAUGCCCCCACCAAACAUCGCUACCGCGAUCAUCAAACUUGGUCAGCAAAAGAAAAACGAUGAGCUGAAGGAGAUACUGGAAAGGAUUCCGAACAAAGAGUUAACGGACCUGGUGGUUUCCAACGUGGGGGACAACGAUGGGUUCAACCUGUGGCACUUUGUCCACGUUGGGUUGGCCUAUUCGAGCAAAUGUCAAACCAAGCGGUUCCAAGUAUCGCUGGCCGUUCUGCAUCACCUGAACAAGAAGGAAUUCCCAACGAAAACCGUUUUCGACAUUGUGUCCCGGUUGGUGCUGGAACUCCCGAAGUUUUCCGCCGAGCAGCUAGUCGAGACCAUGGAAUACUGUGUGGAUUCGAUACGAGCCGGGGAUCCAAAGUGCUUGGGGUGGAAGGAUAUUUUCCCGGAUGUGCUGAAACUGCUUCAGGAACAGGUUGGCAAGUUUAGCGCCAAUGGGUUUAUUCUGACCGGGGAAGAGUACCGCAAAAAAGUGCUGGAUGAUCUGCUCAAAAUGAAGAUACACAAUGGAAUUCUGACGCCCUACACGGCCAUGUUUCGAGAGGUGACGUUGAGUCGAGAUGAAACGGGACUGGUCGUUGGAAAAGUCUGUGACGCCAUUCGCGGACUAGAACCGUUGGAAAUACCAACGCUCGCUUUUCAGCUGUUUCAUCUUUGCCUGAAGUAUCCGAAUUUGCUGGUACUUCCGAUUUACUCGCUACAGAAAUAUUUUCACAAGCACUAUUACAAGAAGAUGCUCUCGAAUGAAGGCGGUGACAGUACGGAUUUCGAUAGCAUCGAACCAUUGUCGGAUAAAGAAGUACGCGAAGCGGAAGAAACCGUCCUCUACCACCUAUCGAACGUUUCCGAAUUUCGCUUGGACGAAUCACAAGUAGUAGCUAUGUUCAAAACGUUCCAAAACAUGCCAGAAUUUUUGCUGACUCCUUUUGUAUUGAGUGCUCUGGUUGCCAUGAGCAAGAUCAAUCGAACGCCGGACACAACUAAAGUUGUCUCUUCUCAAGUGAUGACAUUUUUGGUGCGUCUCAUUAACGAGAACGAACUCGAGAAGGAACUCUGCCGGCGAUCGGCUUGGUGUCGGGGUCGUAUAGAAGCUGGUUCCGUACCGGACGUUGAGAGAAUCUUAUCUAUUUUAACCGAACACAGCCAAGAAGGAAUGGAAGUGGUUACGCCGGGUGUAAUCCAUCUGGCAUUCGGACUGUUGAUUGCUAAGAAGCAACCGAAAUUGCACAUGUUGGCUAUUGCAUUUUUGCAGAAUUUUGUAAAGAAACGUUUCAUCUUUGGAACUGGCAUCGUGGCCAAACUGAAGCAGUACCUUUUCGCGGACCUGGAAGCGGUGCAGUUUUCCGAAUGUUUGAUCACGUUGAGUCUAACGAGCACGCUCACACUUUCGGAAUGCAACUCUUCUAUGAAUUAUAUUUUAGAGUAUCUACUGUUGAUUGACGGUCUCCAUUCAAUGCGAAUCAUGACAUUCAUUUUCCCGUUGAUCCGUAUUUCGCACAGAAUUCGAGAUGCGUUUAUCGAUGUGCUGCGGAAAGCAAUGCAUCGCAGCGAAACCAACACCCGUAUGAUGGGAGUGUUUGGCUUCUGUGCCUUAUUGAAACAACUCAAGAACAACAACUCACGGCGUACGGUUUUGAGUGCUUCGUUUGGGAACAUGACUCAGCUGUCGAUCAGUGGCAUGUCUCUCAUGUCACAAUCGACACUAGGGCGAGCUGACAACCCGGAUCUACACUUCGAUAUGUUGGCACUGGAGAUUUUGGGCGUCCUUCGGGGAUGCUUCACGCAAUCGUUAGAAAUCCGAGAACUUUUGUACGAAAGUUUAGGUCGGGCUGUGGAAUUCAACGCUAAACUUUUACCGCACGUGCUGCAGUUUAUUGAUUGGCAUUUUUGCGGUUACUUUAGUGAAUCCUUGGACGGAGAUUUGGAGAUCGAUUUCGAAAGAUGUGUUCGUUAUAAGGCAGACGCAAGCGAGGAUUUGUCCGGGGGAGCCGAGCAGUCUUUGCAACAGCUGGAGGUUUUCGAUAACAUCGGCAAACUGGCGACUUUUAUGGUGCAGUGUUUGGUUUUAUGUGACCAGCACGAUGUUCAACACGACAACGAUACCGUUAGAAAAUUGCUGAAAGAUAUUGUCCAGAGAAUCGAUACCAUUUCUUUGGAUAAACUUGGCAUUAUUGGCACCUUGGAUCCAAAAACAGUCAUAAUUGGGUCUCACUAUCUAAACGUUGUUGAAGCUGGUAUGUCGUACUGCAUUUGGACUGCCAAAACAGAUAACGAUCAACUGAAAAAUCUAUUAAAAUUGUUCAGACAUCACCAGAGCAGCUACGAGAAAAUUAAGAAAAUGGAACCGAAAAAGGGCGGCAAAAAAUCGAACAACGAAACAAUAGCACCGACAGCAGGCGGAACUCAUUCGGCAAAAGCGAUGUCUUUCAAACCGGAAAAUGUUUGGGAUUUGUCAACCACUGAACGGCUGCUGAAGAUUGUUUUCGACGAUUCAAACGUUUACGGAUCAGAGGAGCACCUGCAGAACCUUAGAACCAAUUACGAUUUCAUUCGAUUUGUGCUCAAAGUAGCUGCCGAUAAGCUGGAAGCCCUGCGUAACACUCCAGAGUACUGGCAGAUUAAGCACAGCAAACGGAUAUUCAAUCACCUGUGCGAGUGCGCCAAAACUGUGUUUGAUCGUUGCGUUCGUAAAACGAACGAUCUUUGCACCAGUGGCAAUAGUCAGGUGGCCUUGGUGGGAGGUGAAGCAUUUAGGCAGACGCUCCUAACAACACUGUCGAUUUACGAGCGCAAGUUUUCCGAUUUUCUCCGGAUUAUAAGCUGCACCCUUGGAGGAACAUUCAAGUCUGACUUGCUAAACGGUUUGCAUAAUAUCGUCGAUAAAUACUUUGAGGAUGGCGCGGAAUCUGAAGCCGUUGGAGAAAAAAAUAUACACAAUCUGUUUCUUUGCUUGGAAAUCCUGUAUCAGUCAGAGGCUAUGGAAUUGGAACAUCUUAAUUGCGCAUACAAUUGGCUGCAGAACUUCUGUUCAAACACCAAGCUCAAACUAAAAUCUCUAGGAAUUGUGCAUCGGAUUCUGUUUGAACUGCGGCUCAGAACACAGACUGGAGCCUAUUUUGAUACCAUCGCUAUUUUAGUAGAGAAAAAGUUCGGACAGAUAGAAGAAGAUGAAUUAGCGCCAGGGUUUUCUCUAAAAUCAAUCAGCUCUCUGACGGUUGAAUCGGCACUUAUAGCUUUGUGCAAUGUAACGAAACAACAGUUGGACGAUGUUGAACAUUUCAUUUUGCGCACCAAUAGUGUUCUCGGUCGGUUGAAAUCUUUUGGCUUAGGUGAUAACGAUGAAUAUCUACACCAACUAAAAUCAAUUGAACGAUCCAUGUGUUCCCAGUUGGUUCAUAUAAUGUCGGUUGCGACACAUCUAGCCAACACUCAACUACCUCUCGGAACGUGCAUGGAUUCUUUACUGAAACUGCUCAUCAGUAUUUACUGUUGUUUGACAAAUUUGACCAAACACUUUCUGUCACGUCAUCCAGUCGUUCCUGUAUCUCAUGACUCUACCAAGUUUAAUUUGGUUAUCAAAUCCUCAAAACCUCUUGCUGUACGAAUCUACAACCUAUUUCCGUUUAUCGAAGAAAAUAUCCUGGGUCAAGCCCAAGAACAGGACGAGGAAAUCGACAAUCCCAAAACAACCAACAAUGCCAAGAAAAAUCGUGAAAAAGUACUUCGUCAAACGAAGCUCAUCCCAAAGGUUGUUUUCCGCAUUGAAACGUUCAAUAAAUUCGUACUGUUGCUAAGCAAAAAGACCAAGAAAGAUCUAACCUAUCUGCUGCACAUGGGAACGGUGCGGGACUUCCGCAUCAAAGAACCAGCACUGGUUGAAGCCAUCAAAAAAGUUUGCGACGGAAGACCUGACGAUGUCAGUUCGGAAUUCGGUGAUCUUGCUGAUCUAGACACACACGAAGAAGAAGAAAUUGAACCGCUGGUGAGGCAAUCUAGUUCGUCCGUUGCGCUCGGUACCGUAGAAUCGGUUGGUGUAGAAGAAUCGCAGAUCGAAGAGCAAGAAUCGAACAACGAUCUUUCGGAUGUUGGCAAUGAAAACGUGGCUUUGAAAAACCUAGCGCUGCUGAAUGCAAAAAGCAGAAAGCGCUCCAAGAAGAAACGAAUCAUCGAAGCAGCUAAGGAAGGCUCGGAAAACGUCUCCUCAGAGUCGAGACCCCCGGAGACUAAGAAGCGACGUUUGGUCAAGAAAAAAGGAGACUCGCCCAGAAUUAACAAACAGGCACUGGAAGUGAUAAAUGCAGUUGCACCGGUUGUGGCGUCUACUUCGCGAACUUUGGGCCCAAGCCGACGAAGCAAGAAACUUUAACCUGUGGAGAAUAAAUCCUAGAAUCUUA